UCAUUACCGUUUCAACUACUGGCAAUACGCGGAAGACAUCGUCGACGUUGGAUUACGGUUCGGUAGUUGUUCGGUGUUUGGCUGUCAACUUAACGGCUGCCUUCACUUUACGAUGACCUCUCUUUUUAAGCGUAAAGGUUCUUAGUUUCUAAUUAAAAGUACGGUAUUACUAUGUCGGAGACUGAGUCUAAAGAAGCUGCCACGAUGGAGGGUUGUCAAGAAGGGGGCGAAGAGGAAGGUAUGAUGGCUGUCGAGAGGGUCGAAGAUAAGGUCAGUAUCCAAAAGAUCCUCGAGGGAAUGACGAAUGAAUUUAACAAAAGCGUGAGUCCCGCCAAAAACGUAGAAAUUAAUCGAACGGAAAAAUCGGAUAACGAGGAGGUUGAGAAACCGGUAUCGAAACCCGAUGAAAUUCCACCGAUCGAAAAAAAACCCACUGGGGACGAGGUCGAGGAAAUUGUCCCGAUAAAACAGAGUAUUGCUACGGUUUCAACAGUGACGAAUGAAAAUCAUAAAGAGGACGAGGUUAUUGGAAAACAGGAAAUUCUGAAGAAGGAUAGCAAUGGGAUUCCGCGUAUUGUCCUUACAUUUAGGACGAUCGAUGAGAACACCGAUCAUGGUAAAAAAACGAAGAUAUCAAGCUGUUCCUCCAACCUUACUUUGGUUCCCGAUGAAUUGGUAAAUUGUGAUCAAAUUGGCGGUGUUUCUGUGAAGAUUGAGAACUCUGAUGAGAAUUCUGAUGUCGUUGAGAAAUCAGAUUCAGAAGAAGGCAGAAUGGAAGAAGCUAACAAGGAAUCUGAAAGCAAUGAAGUAGAGGGAAAGAAGGAGGACAUAAAAACAACAAAGGAUGAUCCACAGACAACAGAAGAAAAAGACACAGUCUCCGAUGAAAAGAUAAAGACUGACAAAGCGGACACUUCGGUAGAACCUACAGAACAGAGUGAUCAAACAGACAAUGCUGUCCCCAUUACUAGGAAAAGAAGAACAGGACGACCUAGAUUAAGAGCACUUAGCAACCACACAGAAGAAUCUCCAGGUCCUAAACGUUCAGCAAGAAGACUAUGCAAAGAAUCAUUGAAAAGCACUGUGUUAGAAAGUGCAAUGGCAAGAAAAGAAAAGUCAAACUACACAGAAGAAAAUUUACAGUUUAAAAAACAAAGGAAAUAUAAUAAACCAGGGAGGCCUAAGAAAGUAGUUCAAGGAAAAGAUCAAAAUAAACAGUUCCAAGCCAAACCUCCCGACAUACGUCAGGAAGUAGAGACCACCAUUAUUGAUGGUAACCUUAUUAUCACAGAGGUAAACUCAUCAUUAGAAUGUUCUAGAAACUCGGCCAUGUCAGAAAGUAGUAUAAAUGAGAUGCUCCUGGAUGAAUCUCAGAGUUUUUCAUCCGAUUUUGAUGGUAUGCCAAAAUUAUCUCCUAUGAUAAAAAGCUCAGAAUCUCAAACAAAAUUGAGUAAUUCAAUUGGCAGCCCCAUAAGCGAUGAAAUACCUCUAGCAGACAUUGAGAAACCAUUUUUAAAGCCUGCUACUGGUAGCAGACCUAAGCGAGAAAGGGGACGACCUAGAGGAAGUCAAGGUGCAAGAAAAAUAGCAAAGGCAGACUCAUUUGAAGAUGGCUCUGCAUCCGUAGCUGAAACAGGCAAAAACAAUGACUAUCCUGAAGAAGGCACUGUACCUGCUAAAAGGACACGCAGAAGUAUGGCUCCAAGUCCUAGGCCUGCUGAAGGACAAGCUUCAAAACCAGAGUCAACAGCAAUUAUGAGUGAACCAUAUGGUCAAUCAAUGUUAUGUUUAUGUCAAGUAAGAUCCCAACUAUAUGUAACAAUAACUGGCUCUGGAGCACCAUUGUAUUGCACCGCAAUCGAUUCUAUUGACAACAGAUUGGUAGGAUGCUGUAAUGAGGUUGAUAGCAAUGACGUUGCAAUGAGAAGACCCAGCACUCGUGUUCCUUUCAUAAUCCUCUGUCGAAUGCACAAAGAAAGACUUCUACGGCAUAAUUGCUGUCCUUCUUGUGGACUGUUCUGUUCACAAGGACGGUUUGUGCAAUGUAUCAAUGGUCACCAAUAUCACCGGGAAUGUGAAGUUUAUCCGAAUAAAAAAGGGGUAUGUCCACAUUGUGGAAACGAAAGUACUGCGUACGACGUAAUGGUCACUAUGGGUGGUUUUCGAAAACCUGUGUUCAUUCCGACCCGUAAAAAAUUCUCAAAACUACCUUCUGCAAAAAUAACUAUGCCGGGAAAGGGUGACAAUACAAAGUUGGCAGAGCGUCCUCCUAGUCCUCUGAUUCCACCCGACGUUAUUAAAAUUCCUGAGCCAUCUCUCAAUUCUGAGAGACCAGAACGUUACACUAUCAUGAGCCUGUACACAUCCGUGAAAAAUGGGGAUUUAGAGAAGUUGGUGAAUGUUUUAGCAUGCGGUUACAAUGCGAACCACACAUUCCGAGAUUAUGCUCAUCGAACUGGACUCCACAUAGCCGCGGAUAAGGGUCACCUGUCUUGCGUACACGUGUUAGUACAAGCUGGUGCUCAAUUAGACGUGAUGGAUAGAAAUCAGUUGACACCUUUAAUGUUAGCUGCCAGCAAGGGUAAAGCUGACGUAGUGAAAUACUUAAUAAGGAUAGGCGCUGAUGUUACAUUGAAAGGAGAAGAUGGUAUGACCGCUUUACACAUGGCCGCCAAAUCCGGACACUUAGAAGUGUGUCGAAUAAUUUUGACAGAGUGUAAGGCGCCACGAACACUAGUAGACUCGGUGGAUGAUGGUGGGUGGACGAGUUUAAUUUGGGCGUGUGAGUUUUGUCACGCCGAUGUUGCGAGAUUCUUGUUAGAUAAGAAAUGCGAUCCGUUGAUACGCGAUGCAGAGCAGAACAUAGCGUUGCACUGGAGUGCAUUUAGCGGAAGUUCAGAAAUCACGGAAAUGCUGCUUAACGAAGGGUGUGACGUAAACGCUGUGAAUGUUCAUGGUGAUACGCCUUUACACAUAGCUGCAAGACAAGAUCAGUACGCGGUAAGUGUUCUCCUAUUAGCACGCGGUGCUAAGAUAGGUGAGGUCAAUGCCGCAGGGGAAACAGCAGUAAACUGUUGUACAAACGAUGGGGAUACUAUGUCCGCUUUGAGAUUGAACGCUAAAGUGAAUGAACUGUCCGAGCAUAUGUGGGAAAAAACAGUAAAAAUUUUAACUAAUGACAUAUCGCGCGGCAAAGAGACAAAUCCGAUUCAGUGCGUGAACGGAUACGAUUCGGAAGAUAAGCCGACAGACUUUUUGUACGUGACCGAGAACUGUUUUACUAGUAACAUAAAUGUUGACCGCACCAUAACAUCUUUGCAGUCUUGUCGUUGCGAAGACAAUUGCAGUUCCGAAAAGUGCUUGUGCGGAAAUAUAAGCUUAAGGUGCUGGUACGACGAAGAAGGAAAGCUGAUACCUGAAUUUAAUUACGCUGAUCCUCCGAUGUUAUUCGAGUGCAAUCCGGCUUGCGACUGUAAUCGUAUAACGUGCAAUAAUCGCGUUGUUCAACACGGUUUGACACAAAGAUUCCAAUUAUUUAGAACGAAGGGUAAAGGUUGGGGUCUUAGAACGUUGCGACACAUUCCUAAAGGUUCCUAUGUGUGUGAAUAUGUUGGCGAAAUUAUAUCCGAUUCUGAGGCUGAUCACAGAGAAGAUGACUCAUAUCUAUUUGAUUUAGAUAAUCGGGAUGGCGAAACCUAUUGCAUCGAUGCGAGACGUUACGGGAAUAUUGCUCGUUUUAUAAAUCAUUCUUGCGCGCCUAAUCUCUUGCCAGUGCGAGUAUUCGUGGAGCAUCAGGAUUUACACUUUCCCAGGAUAGCAUUUUUUGCGAACCGUGACAUCGAAGCGGACGAAGAGCUCGGCUUCGAUUACGGAGAAAAAUUCUGGAUAAUAAAAUGCAAGUCGUUCACGUGUACCUGUGGAGCCGAAAACUGCCGAUACUCUGAGAAGACUAUACAAACUACGUUGGACAACUAUCGCAGGAAAAUACAGCAAGAAGAAGUGCUGGCAUUCGUCAAAGACGAAUGUCCGUAUUGA